ACUUUGUUUAUUGACGUGUAGUUUUGCCGUCUGCUGCAAAGAUGUUCAGCAGAUUGUGCAGAGCAACACAAAGUCAUUUACUUCAUCAGUCAAAAUUCGAGUUGUUUCAAAAACGAUGGAAUCACGUCAUUAAAGCUCAAGAUGCACGCGAGAUCCAAGUACCUGUGCCACAUGGAAAUAUAGCAGGGAAAGAAUGGGGAAAAAUAGGAGGAUACCGUAUUCUGUGUCUUCAUGGGUGGGCAGAUAAUUGUGAUUCCUUUGCACCUCUUGCUCCUUAUCUCUCAGAAAGAUUUCAUUACAUAGCUCUAGAUGCUUUUGGCCAUGGAAGAACAUCCCAUGUUCCACCAGGGUCUCCAAUGAAUUACUGGGAACUUACUUGCUAUGUCAAACGAGUGGUUGACUGUUUUAAAAUAGAAAAAAUGUCUAUAAUUGGUCACAGCAUGGGAGGCUCAACAGGAUUAGUUGUUGCCUCAAUCUAUCCAGAAUUGGUUGACCGUCUGCUUCUAUUAGAUAUCAUCAAGCCUGUCGCUGUCCCUCUUCAGUGGCAGACACAGAGCAUCCGUGAAGCCAUAGAUCUUCAUCUCGAUCUGGAAAGGAAAUCUGCAGAUCCUAAAUACCAAAAGAGCUUUACCAUAGAACAGUUGGUUAACCGCUAUGUGGAAGCUAUGGGUGGAACAAUAAGUCCAGAAGCUGUCCGUAUUUUGAUGAAGAGAGGUGCGAAAGAGUCUGGCAAUGGAUUUACCUAUUCCCAUGAUCCCAGAAUGAUGAUACCGUCCAUAAUGCGUUUUGGCAUACAAGAACAACGUGAAAUUAUUAAAGGUCUGAAAUGCCAUCUUAAAAUUAUCAAAGCCAAACAGGGCCCGCUUUACGAACCGGCGGAAUGGAUCGAGGAAUUCAAAGCCAUUUACCAACGGCAGUGCGCUUCUUACGAGUAUGACGAUUCACUUGACGGUACCCACCACUUUCACAUGCAUCACCCAGAAAAAGUAGCACCCAUCAUCAACGAAUACUUUGCCCGUUUGUAAAACGGCGCAAUAACAGUCCAGGAAUCUUACUUUCAUGCAAAUCUCAAUGCAAAGCGUAGCGAUAUAGAUAAGAAACACUAUGAUUGACCAUGCAAAUUUUUUAAAUAGAAAAACCAAAUACCACUCAAA